UCCUCAAAUCUCCCACAGCCAAGUUGAUGAGGAGCACAUGAUCACUGUGUGUUUAAAUACUGGAGUGGACAUGUAUGUAAACAGUCUCAACAGCUGUACAAAAUCUGCCUGUGUUCAAGGACAUCAGCUGCUGCCUUAACAGGAUGAAGCUCUGCGUGGUGCUUGUGUUUCUGGCCCUCUCUGUUGACAUUAACGGAAUGCCGCCGAUCAGCAGGGACUUCAACACACACUGUCGGUGCCUUCAGGUGGAGUCGAGGAUCAUCCCUCCAGACAAUCUGAGGAGCAUCAAGCUCCUCCCCGAAGGGCCUCACUGCUCAGACAUAGAAGUAAUAGCUGGACUGGCGAGCGGGGAGAAGGUCUGCCUGAAUCCUCGGUCCUCCUGGGUCAGGAAGCUGAUCCACUUUGUUCUUGAGAAACAGUUACAUCAGCGAGCGCCACUCCCCAAGAAUCGGACAUGAAUUCAUUAUGUUCCAAAUCAACAACUUAUCUGUAACCCCUUUCUGCCACAAUGAGCCGUGCUGUUUUACUUUAAAGAAUGACACAUAAAAUUUAACCAGUCUGUGUAUCUUUAAUUUCUUUUUAUUCUUUUUUUUUUUUUUCCCGGUGGUAGUUUUAUUUCUUUGAGUUUCUAUUUCAGAAUGAUAUUUCUUCUGGUUGUUUUUACCAAAUAUUUUAUGCACAUUUUCCAGAAAAAGAAAAAAAAAUUAAUAAAGGGCUGAAAAGUGUGUCAUUAUAUUUCAAUGUAAAGUAAGCAACCAGCUCUAAUGUAAAAGUGUUGGAAGACUACUGUUUGUAAAGAGUGAAGUGUGGCCUGAAAUGUAAAUAUUUUCUCUCUGUACAAGUUUGAUUUUGUGACUAUUUGAAAACUGGUUUUGUAUGUAGAGCCUCUCUUCUGAUUGGCUAACUGAACAGUUGUUGCCAGAGCUCCAGAGAGGAGCUUGAGAAAGGAGAUGUAAAACUACACUGAGAUAUUUUUUGGCUCUAAUAUAUCUUUCUUCUGGAUCAACACUUCAAAUAAAAUGUUUGCUUCAA